ACAGUCAAGACUUGACACAAGCGCAGCAGAGAUGGCGAAGGAUAAGAAGAAGAAGGAUCCGGCAAAGAAGGCGGCCAAAGCGGCCAAGCAGGCGAAAAAGUCAGACAAGUCAGACAAGAAAUUGUCACUGAAGAAAAAGGACGAUGAUAGCGACGCUGAGGAUGCAGACCUCGAUGCCAUGCUGCUGGCAUACCAAAAGCAGCAGGAAGCAUUUACCAAAGUCACUGAGGUCUCAACAGAGCCGCCAUCGCCACGCUCGUCUGCCACAUUGGUAGCAUCCCCAGCAAAUAGCAAUGAGCUGUUCCUCUUUGGAGGAGAAUACUUCAAUGGAGCUCUCGCGACCUUCUUCAACGACCUCUUUGUCUACAAAACGAAUACGGAUACGUGGCGAAAAGUCACCAGCCCGAAUACACCCUUGCCACGAAGUGGACACGCCAUGUGCAUGGGAGGUAACUCCGGCGGCAUCUAUAUGUUCGGCGGGGAGUUCUCAAGUCCGAAGCAGGGCACCUUUUACCACUAUAACGACUUCUGGAAACUCGACCCGAGCUCUAGAGAGUGGACCAAGCUGGAAGGCAAAGGAGGACCGCCAGCUCGAAGUGGCCAUCGAAUGACAUACUUCAAGAACUACAUCAUCCUAUUCGGAGGCUUCCAGGACACGAGCCAGCAGACGAAGUAUUUGCAGGACGUCUGGCUGUACGAUACCCAGCGUUAUGUCUGGCAUGCGGUGAACCUCCCGGCGCAGGCACAGAAGCCGGAUGCCCGCUCGUCGUUCUCAUUACUACCUCAUGAGACAGGAGCGGUCAUAUAUGGAGGCUACUCUCGUGUCAAGGCUACGACGGCGAUCAAGUCCACCAAAGCCGGCAAGUCUGGUUCGCGAGUGACCAUGAAGCCGAUGGUCCAUCAGGAUACAUGGUAUCUGAGAGUCACUCCGCCAGCGGCUGAAGCACCUGUCAAUACACCGCCCACGGUGAGAUGGGAGAGGAGGAAGAAGCCAGUCAACUCACCCAAUCCGCCACGGGCCGGUGCGACAAUGGCCCAUCACAAGGGUCGUGGUAUCGCCUUCGGCGGCGUGCAUGACGUCGAAGAAUCUGAGGAGGGCAUUGACAGCGAGUUCUUCAAUCUACUCUAUGCUUACAAUGUUGACCGCAAUCGCUUCUUUCAACUCGGUCUACGAAGACCUAGGACUUCAGGCAAGAAAGCCGUUCCCGCAGCGGAUCGGAGACGUGGGAGAGGCAAAGCGGAUGAGGAGGAGCUUCUGCGAAACCUGGCUCUUAUCGAGAACAAAGGUUCUCUAGAUGACACAGAGAUGACUGAUGUACCUGUCGCAGCCGCAGACGACGACGACGAAGAGACGAAGAUCGAGAAGCCGGUAAUGUGGGAAAUGCCGCAUCCUCGCUUCAACACCACCUUGGCAGUUCAAGAAGAUACUCUGUACCUCUUUGGUGGUACCUUUGAGAAAGGUGACCGGGAGUAUACUUUCGACGAGAUGUUCUCCAUUGAUCUUGGAAAGCUGGACGGCGUGAAGGAAGUAUUCAAGCGUGAGCUCGAAGACUGGCAAGGAAGCGAAGAUGAAGAUAGCGAUGAGGAUGACGAAGAAGGCUCGGAUGACUCGGACUCCGACGAAGAGAUGGGUACUGAACCAAGCACACCAGCAACAUCAAUUGCGGACGAACAUGCAGCGGCUGUUCAUGCCGCCGCGGCAGCAGAGGCCGAGGAAAUGGAGCAGGAUGCCACCGCCUCCACGGACGACAAGCUUCCCAUGCCUCGACCUUUCGAGACUCUGCGCGACUUCUUCACUCGAACCAACAACGACUGGCAAGAGGUCAUCUUGGAGGCGCGGAAGUAUGAGCGCAACCCUGACGACCGCUCCGUGAAGGAGAUUCGGAAGAAAGCUUUCGACCGCGCAGAGCAGAAGUGGUGGGAUGUUCGGGAGGAAGUGCAGGCGUUGGAGGAUGAACAGGAAGCUGCGGGAAUCAGCGAGGUGGUGAGUUUGGCUGAUAGAGGUGGUGAAGGUGGUGGAGGAGCUGGAAGGCGGAGAUAG